AUGAAUAGUGCGUCAGAUGAAGGGAGUGAGAAGAGAAGCGAACAAGGAAAAGAGUGUCGCUACGAUGGAUGGAAGAGGUUGGCGGGGGGAGAUGGGGCGAAUCGGCGAACCGACCGACCGACCGACCGACUGAGCGACGACGACGACGACGACGGGGACGGACGGACGGACGAACGAACGACCCGCCGAGCGACCGACCGACCGACCGACCGACCGACCGUGCAAGCGCGAGCGACGGGCGACGACGACGACGACGGGCCCAUCUCCGCCGAGGAACAGCAAGCGAUCCAUGAUUUAAGGACAAUUCUUCCAUCAAUUGAAUGUCUGGAAGACUCAUACAUUCUACGAUGGCUUCGAGCUAAGGAUCAACGUUUCGAUGAGACCGCGGAUGCGUUGAAGAAGCACGUGACGUUUCGAAAAGCAUGGGAACUUGAUUCGAUCGCUUCAUGGGAAGCACCGGAGUGUUUGGAAAAGUACUGUGGUUAUGGAUUCUUGUCCGAUAAAGAUGGUCGACCAAUCCUUAUGUCGUUGCUGGGGAAUAUGGAUGUUGAAGGAAUGUUGAAGUCAGUGGCAUCGUUGGAUUACAUAAAAUUCUCGUUAGCAGCUAUCGAGAAGGGUCUACAACUCUGUAGUCAAAAAGCAAAACAGACGGGACGACCAUUCGAGCAAAUGAUGCUCGUGUUCGAUUUGGAUCAUAUUGGAUCAGCACAUUUUUCAUGCAAACAAUUUGCAAGUUCAUUCACCACCUUGGUCACAUUAUUUCAAGAACACUAUCCACUUGUUUUAAGGAAGAUUUUGAUAAUCAGGGCACCAGAAAUGGCACGGAUCGCCUACGCCUCCAUAACCGCUAUUCUCAGUGAUCCUAUCACAAGGCUGAUAGAGAUGCCAUCAGAGGCAGACUGGAAAUGGGCGCUGGCACAGUAUGUGAACUUGGACGGUUGGCCAAUUCAUUGGGGAGGAAAUAGGUCGGAAAAUGGCGAUCCGAAAUGCCCAGCUACCAUUCGAUAUGGUAUGGGCCCAGUUCCAUCCGACUACUUCGUUGAUCCAAAAACAGCUAUGCCAGACUAUGACCAAUUGACUACAGUUUACGCUGGAGACAAACAUCUUAUCUCCAUCAGAAUAAAGGAAAAGAGUCGAAUUUGCUGGCAAUACAUGACUGACGAUGACGACAUUGGUUUUGCGAUUCAUUUUGAUCCGUCUUUUCAGGCAAACAACCUAACCGAAAUGGAAACCGUUUUCCCCUACAUACGUCUCGAAUGUACAAAUGUUCCUAUUUCCGGUCACUAUGUAGCAGAAAAAGCUGGAAAUUAUAUCAUCGAGUUCGACAACUAUUAUUCUUGGUUCUCGGCCAAGCAACUACGUUACAAUAUUGAAAUCGAAGAGCUGUAA